AUGACUCCCACUAAAAUUGAACCAAGGGUCAAUGGGUUUCAUCCCAGCAAGAAUGUGUUCGUGGAGCCUGCGGAGAGUAUCCAGCAGCUGUUCACAUAUUUCGAGCGCCUGGAGAGAGUCUUGAACCAGCAGCAACGCCGGGAGAGGCCUGUGAGGCUGUUGCUCAUAGAUUCUGUAGCAGCAUCGUUUCGGUCCAACAGGACGGAAAUGGUGAUUAGGUCUAGAAGCCUGUUCCAGUUAUCUGCGAAGCUGAAGAAGCUUGCUCAUGAUUAUGACGUCGCGGUUUUGGUAACCAAUCAGGUCAUGGACUGCGUGGAUGGUUCGAAAGGAAUUCAGAUCGGUAAUCUCUUGGAGCUUGUAUCGUCUGGGCGAAGAAUAGCUCCUGCUCUGGGGCUUUCGUGGGCUCACUGCAUAAACACUCGGCUUUUCCUGUCAAGGAGAGAUGAGCUCUCAUCCGAGAAGUUGAUCGAAGCCCCGGUCAAGCGUCGGAAAGUAGUAAAUGACGAAGGCAUGAAACAAGCUACGGCCUCCAUCAACGAAUUCCAACCGGAGUGUGUGAGAAAUGCCGCAACAGAGUCAUGUUGAAGCGGGCCCAUGAGACAAU